CCCCUCCGCCCCUCCCGCCCGCCUCCCUCCCCUCGCCGCCGCCGCCGCCGCCGCCGCCAGCAUCUGGGACCGGCCGUUUCUGCACCUCCGUCCGGCGCUGCCCUUUGAUUCGGAUUUCCAUCUUGCAUUCUCCGGCGGACCGCGGGACCUGGCUCUUGCAGAGGAGGGGGGCAGAUCGCUAUGGAGUAUUUCAUGGUGCCCACUCAGAAGGUGCCCUCUUUGCAACAUUUCAGGAAAACAGAGAAAGAAGUGAUAGGAGGGCUCUGUAGCCUUGCCAACAUUCCACUGACCCCUGAAACCCAGCGGGACCAGGAGCGAAGGAUACGGAGGGAGAUUGCCAACAGCAACGAACGGAGGCGCAUGCAGAGCAUUAAUGCGGGCUUCCAGUCCCUCAAGACCCUCAUUCCCCAUACAGAUGGAGAAAAGCUCAGCAAGGCAGCCAUUCUCCAGCAGACGGCGGAGUAUAUCUUCUCUCUUGAGCAGGAAAAGACCAGGCUCCUGCAGCAAAAUACACAGCUCAAGCGCUUCAUCCAGGAGCUGAGUGGUUCAUCCCCCAAGCGGCGGCGGGCAGAGGACAAGGACGAGGGCAUUGGCUCACCUGACAUCUGGGAGGAUGAGAAGGCUGAGGACCUUCGGAGGGAGAUGAUAGAGCUGCGGCAGCAGCUGGACAAGGAGCGCUCUGUGCGGAUGAUGCUGGAAGAGCAGGUGCGCUCACUAGAGGCCCACAUGUACCCGGAAAAGCUCAAGGUGAUUGCACAGCAGGUGCAGCUACAGCAGCAACAGGAGCAGGUGCGGCUGCUGCACCAGGAGAAGCUGGAGCGGGAACAGCAGCACUUGCGGACUCAGCUUCUGCCCCCUCCAGCUCCCACCCACCACCCCACAGUGAUCGUGCCUGCACCGGCCCCGCCUCCCUCCCACCAUAUCAAUGUUGUCACCAUGGGUCCCUCCUCCGUCAUCAACUCUGUUUCUACAUCCCGGCAAAAUCUGGAUACCAUUGUGCAGGCUAUCCAGCACAUCGAGGGCACCCAUGACAAGCAGGAGCUGGAGGAAGAACAGCGGAGAGCAGUCAUCGUGAAGCCGGUCCGUAGCUGCCCAGAGGCUCACACCUCUGACACUGCCUCGGAUUCAGAGGCCUCAGACAGCGAUGCUAUGGACCAGAGCCGGGAAGAGCCUUUAGGGGAUGGCGAACUUCCCUGACCACCCCCCCAGCCCUCCUCUCCCUUCUGGGGGCUAGAGGGGGCCGGGGCAGCAACAAGGAGAAACAUGGGUGAAUGAGUGAGAAAUUUUUACAAAAUUAUGAUGUCAUUUGGGUCUCUUUUAUGACCUCUUUUUCAAUACUGUAAGUUGACCUUUGAACGAAGCCACUCAAGCCCAGGUCCCGGGGUUGGGGUGGCACAGUGUGUGUGGGAGCAUCGGGACCCCAGGGCUGGGCCUUGGCCCUGGGGGCUAGGGAAGCUGACACUGUGGUGCCUGGCCUCUCUCCGCCAAAAAACCUUUUUUUUUUUUCCAUUUAAACGUGUUGUUAAAAACAGGGAAAAAAUCAAACAAAACCCCAAGGUAUUUCCUCUCCCCAGAGCCAGCCCUAAGACUGUCAACUUUCAACCCCUCUUUCCUCCUUUAUUUGGUUUUCUUCUUUCUCCUUUAAGCACUUACAUGGGUUGGGGGUCAGGCUGGGCUGGGGCUUUCUGGGGACCCGGGGGGUCUACAUUGCUUCUCGGUUGGGGUUUGCUGCUGCCCUUCUCCUCUCCCUUUCCUCCCUGUCCCCACCUCAGUACCAGAAUUGGCCACUCUCCAUCCUUGACCCUCUACCUUUCCCUCCAGGGUUCCCAUUGUUGACCCCCAAAAUGUCUUUGUCUCUCUCUUUUUGUUUUGUUUGUUGUUGGUUUUAUUUUGGUUUUGGUUUCUGUCUUUUUUAAAACAAUUUUGAGGUCUUUGUGUCUAAGGAGAAACUAUUAUAUUUUGUUAAGAAAGUGUGUG